AUGGCGUUUAGCUUUCCAGCCUUUUCUUAUAUUAUAGCAUUAAUUGUAGACGCCUUUUUAAUAUUUUUCAGUAUAUUCCAUGUCAUAGCGUUUGAUGAAUUAAAGACGGAUUAUAAGAAUCCAAUUGAUCAGUGCAACAGUCUCAAUCCUUUGGUGCUGCCGGAGUAUUUACUGCAUUUACUGAUAAAUCUUCUAUUCCUGAUUUCGGGAGAAUGGUUUUCAUUACUUAUAAACGUUCCAUUGAUCCUGUAUCAUAUUCACAGAUAUCGCACAAGACCAGUCAUGUCUGGUCCAGGAUUGUAUGACCCUACAAGUAUAAUGAAUGCUGACGUCCUAACAGUGUGUCAGAGAGAAGGCUGGAUAAAAUUAGCAUUUUAUCUGCUAUCAUUUUUCCUGUAUCUAUAUGGGUAUUCAUAUGUACUUUCUAAGAGUAUUUAG